AUGUGGACACACUAUACUAAUUACAAAAAUCCUUCUAACUCAUAAAAGUAGCUUAUCUCCAGAUACAUCACAAUUCACCCCUAUUAAUUCGCCUACUGCGUCGCAAAUCUCGCAAACUUAAUAUGAGUACAUUUUGUCUAUCGAUUUGACUCAUUUACCCUGAUUUUGUGCCUAAUUAGAUUUUGCCUUAUUUGUUUGUGAGGAACUAUUUCACUAAUUGAUUUUCUAAUUUCUCUUUGCCCUUAUUUAGUGUGACAGAAAUUCAUUUAUGCAUUAAUUAUGAUAAAUUUAGAUGAUAUUGCAAUUGAUUGAUACUAAUGUCUUUUACCCCCUCUUGACUUCCUUUAAUAAGUAGGGAGAAUUUUCUUUUCCUUAUUUUGUUUAUGGAAGAUUUCAAUAUUAAGAUUUAGACAGAUUCUUCUUUGUUUAUUUGUGGCAACCAUAUCAUGAUUGGUGGAGUUAGUGAUUUACCUCAUUGAAUAAUCUCCUUGAUUGAAUUAUCAAAUAUUUUUCUUCCUUUUAUUUUUGUGAUCUUUUGCUAUAUAAACAACUCCUCCUCAAAUAAUGCUGAGACAACUUACAAUUUACACACUCUGUAUAAUAAGCUCACGUGAGUCCCUCUAUUCUCAGCCAAGGAUUUAUUUUUAUGCAGAUUUAACUUAUAUACGUUGAUAACUUAAAUUUUUUUUUUUUUACAACAAUUGUGUUUUAAUCUGUUGUAGCGUCUCAUUUUCCUUUUCCUUUCUUCCCAUAAUAUAGUAUACUAUUCACUAUGGAAAAUUCCCAACAACCUCUUGCCACAGAGAGUUUUUCAUAUAGCUGGUUGUUGAACAGAAAACCAUCCAUUGAUGGCCUAACAGAAUCCCCUAGACCCUCUUAUAGUAGUCAUGAUGAUGCUGAGGAAGAGUUAAAAUUUAUCACUUAUUUGAAAAGAUUUCUAAAAGAAGAACAAGACUUCAACUUUGAUGUUCAUCUUGUUUCAGAAUCUGUUUAUGCCGAUGAAAUCUUCUCUGAUGGAUAUAUCAUGCCUCGAUAUCUUGAUAGAUCAAAGAUUGAAUCUUGUCGCGAAGCCUUCAAUAAUUUCAAUACAAAUUCAUCAGUACCCUCAACUAGUACUCCUCCCACACCAAUAUCUAAACUUUCAAAUUCCACAACUAGUCAAGCUGAUUUUCUUGAAAAAUGGAGGAAGUUUUCGCGCAAAAUCUUGGUUAAGUGGUUUGGAUUCGUCAGGCCAAUCUCCAAAAGGAUAGCAAGUUCAAGAAAAAGUACUGCAAAAGUUGAUGAACUUCAAAGAAAAGUAAGUGAAAUUCAAAGCUGCAAGAGUACUACUACUUCAUUUCAGGGAUCUCCUCGUCGAAUGUUGAAAUCUUAUUCUUUUGUCAAUUGGUGUGGAAAUGAUAACAACCAAAGAAGUAGUAGUAGUACUAGAAGAGUUAAGAGGCUUGUUCCACAUGAGGCUUGUUCCCCUAUAAAAAGUCCAUCCAAUGAUGUUUGGCGCGAGAAGGCGAUUUCCGAUGCAAUUUUGUACUGUAAGAGAUCGUAUGUCAACUGAGCCUGAUAUCGAUCGUGGUGAUCGUUUUGACCAGAAGAAGCAAUUCUAGAUGUUAAAUUUCAUCCUUAAAUUCUUUUCUCCGAUGUAUAUUUAGAUUUUUGGCUCUUCAUACAAAUAAUCUAUCAUGUAUCACUCAGAUUCAAUAUUUUGUACAUUCUGAUGUGAAAAUGAAAAACAUAAAAUAGACAAGCACACCCAUCUUACUUGUA